UCAGGCUUAAAUUUCACAACUACUUAAGUUGUGCGCAUAACUGCGAUGAUCAAUCAUGUCCUCAUAUUCUAACAAUCUUCUGUUUCAUAAUGUUGUAGGUGACCGCCGUUGAAGUUUCGACCCAUUUCUCCGUGUUCCUCUCAAUGGAUAGUGGACUGGUACUGGUUGGCAAUGCCGACCUUACAGUCUAUGCUCGGGCCCCAGACGUUAUCAAAGUAAAGUUCAGUGAUACAGCCGUGAAAAUCUUGAUUCGCUUUGAUAAGGAGGCGGAGAUUGUAAAUGCGGAUCAAACAUGCCAUGAGCUAUUUGCCAGUGAAACAGUUGCUAUGUUAGGGAGUUACCCUGACUGUAUCUUGAGCCAUUCUCAAGAAUUGCAAAUAAUCCCGGGUGUUGGGGCUAACAUUACGGUUGGUGACAACUUGGUGUUUAACGAUAACGUGCUCAAGGCCCGCGAUGAACAGUACAGCAGGUUCCUCAGUGGCUCAUUUUCAGUCGACUCACCAGAUAGUCCCUUGAGACCAACGCCUGUAAUCACAGGUUAGCAGCAUAGAAGUUAAAGGCGAAAGAAUUAACGCUUUAGAACAAGCUGAAUGGUACCAUUCGGAUAAAAUCUUGCUUUUGCGUCUGCCGCAAAAUACUAACUACUGAGAUUUGUCUUUGCAGGUCCUCACGCUCUUGCUUCAUGUGGAAAUCUUACUCUUUCUGGCUCCCAGUCUGUUGGAGGUGGCAGUCGCCCACUUACUUAUGAAUGGAAAUUGACAUCACCUAACAGUGGGCAAGAUUUCACAGACAUUACAAACGUCCUCAACGAGCUUAGAUCAGAUGCCGAUCGUGUUAAGUUGCCCGGGACAAUGUUUGAGACCGACAGAGCCUACGAGUUUAAGCUUAAGGUGGCCAACUUUCUGUAUCCAUCAAGCUUUGAAGAAGUUACCCAUGUGAUUAGAAAAGCUACUGAGCCAGUCCCUGCCUUGACGCUCAGUUCAGGUAUUGAACUUACUGAGGGAGAAGUCUUUGUCUCGGAGGACCUGUCAAUCAAAGCAAGUGCAAUUGUUGCUCCUUGUGUAAACGAUACUCGAGUGGACUUUUCAUGGGCUGUUACAUGCCGUGAUGCAAGCGCCCUACUAAAAGUGGAGUCCAGUGCCUCGUUUCAGGCCACUAAACACCAGGCCACCCUCAGAGUAGAUCGAGGGGUACUAACUGCUGACCUCAACUUCACGUUUAACGUGACAGCAAGUAUGAACUACGAUCCUACUGUCCAGAGCUCCGCCGGCCAAAUCGUCAGAGCUAUGCCCAGUCCACUUCAACCGGCAAUAGUUGGAGGUGAUCGACAAAUUGGCCGUGACAGUGGAGCAAUAGGAUUGGACGCUAACACUCAAACAGUGGAUCCUGAUCGUACCAGCGAGGCUUUAACUUGUAGCUGGAGUUGUGAAGUUCAACGCGGUGGAUCAUGUGACUCGGCUGUGAACGGACAGUUAAUAUUUGCUUUAAUCUCGGGAUGUCAAACGGAAGUGCAGAGCAACCACUUCUUUGUAGGAACAACUUACAUAAUAAGGUUUGAUUGA